AUGACGUCGCCUGCGGCCGUCGGCGGCACCGAGGGCGCAGCGGCGCUCCUCUCGCUGCUGCGCAGCAUCCUGCGCCUGCACCGCGGGCGACUGCCGCCCCCCAUGCGCGGCAUGGGGGACGCCUAUGUACUGUCAGAGUUCCGGCGGCACCUGAAGGCCCAGACGACAGAGGAGCAGUGGCGCGUCUUUGCGACCGAGUGGCAGCGGUAUGCUGCCAUGCUGGGAGGCACGGCUGACCAGCAGGCGACGAUGGCUGGUGGCGCGCUUCCCGAGCAGCAGCCCGCCGGUGCAGGGGGCAGCGGCAGCGCAUAUCCGCAGCAGCAGCAGCAGCAGGAGGGCAACCUGGCCAGCAUAACUGCGGCCAUCGCGGGCGGAUCUCGAGACAUGACGGAGCAGCUGUUGGAGCAGCUGAACCCGGACCAGCGCCGGCAGCUCAUCAGGCUGCAGCAGGAGGCGCUGGCGGUUGGCGUUGAGAUGCUGGGCAAGCGCGGCAGCAGUGGCAGCGCUAGUAGUGGGGAGGCAGGAGGUUCGGAACCCCAGCGCUGA